AAGAAAUCUAAGAUCGGAAAAUCCGCACAGGUUCCCGCCUCAACCACCUAAUAAACCCUAAUUCUCUACGCAGACCAACACUAUUUUUCUCCGACUAAACGAAGAUUUCUAAGCCGUUGACAGAUGCUAUCGAUCUAUUGAUGACUGGAGAUAGUUGCAGCUUAGUGUCCAAGGAAACACGCCUCCCUUUGUGUGAUAUGACUAAUGUUCCAAGCAAAAGGGGAAUUUCUUCGAUUUUGGGUGAUUUGCUUUUGAAAUCUGGAGAUGAUGCUGGAAGGGCCGUUGCUCGUGAAGGCUCCGGGGUAAAGUUUUCGAAGAGGUUGUGUUUAGUUGUAGACGACUUGGUUAAGGAAAGUACUAGGACUAGUGAUACAAACGAUAAUUCUUCUUCUGAUGAUAAGAAUAGUUUCGGUGAUUCACCUGCUAAUGGUGAUUCUGAGAAUUUCGAUCUCGAUGAUGUGAAAGAAUCCCAAGGUGAAACCAAUGCAGUAGAUACUGGUGUUCAACAUUCGAAAGGUGAAGGUGGUGAUUCUGUGGUCGAACUUAGUCAGAGAGUGUGUCAGAAGGACUCGGACAUGACUGUCUUUGCAAGUCAAACCGAUGCUAUUACCGGUGAAGACUUAGCCAUGACUGUGUUCAGUAGCAGCAAUAGCGAAAGUGACGACAGGCCGUCCAUGGCGGCUACUGAAGGGAUGGGUUUGUUACCUAAUUCGCAGACCAUCAAAUCGUUUAAUAUGAACAGAUGUUCGAGUUUUGACAAUCACGAUGUGGAAGCUGAUGAUGAACUUAAAUCUUGCUCUUGUUCAUUUUGUCUGAAAGCUGCAUAUAUCUGGUCAGAUCUUCACUACCAAGACAUCAAAGGUCGAUUAUCUGUGCUGAAGAAGAGCCAGAAAGAAGCUAGUAGCUUGAUCAAAAGGAAUGGUAAAGGAAAGCCAACGGAUAUUCAUGGGUCUGAAAACUCCAAUAACUCCUCAAAUGUAGAAUUUGAUGUCAUGGGUCAAUGGACAUCUCUCUUUCUUAACAUGGAGGGUAUCUUGGCUCGUGAAAGCAGCCACCUUCAGAAUAGCUUCAUAGCCAUGAAAGAGUUGAGAGAGAAUUGUAAGAUUGAUCUGGAGAGAGCGACGAAAACACCUCAACACAACAACACUUAGGUACCGUUGUUCUUUACUGGUUUAAAUGUUGUAAGGCUCUGUAACCUUCUUCUUUAUAUUUAAAGCAACUCAUGUAUGUAUUAUAACUUCUAGUGUCAUCAUUUGAUUAUUGCAUCUAUGUUAGUGAUUAACUUGCUUCUAGCAAUUUGUGUCUGUUCUUCAAGAAUUUUUA